AUGAAAUAUAUCUUACCAAUCGCAUUAGCUUUGGCCUCAAUUGCUAGAGCCGAUGACUGUUCAACCACACAGUACAUCCAUGCUCACAAAAGAGCAGUAGCUACUGCUUUCGAGACCGUCACUGUCUUUGUUGAUGCCGGUGGCUCUCAAGUAGCCUACACUGAGUCUAUCCCAAGCACUUCUAUCACAACUGUUGCUCCUAGCGAUACUCAAUCAUCUAAGUCAUCUUCCAGCACAUCUUCCAGCGCAUCUCCCAGUUCAUCAUCAUUAACUUCAACAAGCUCACCAGCAAGCUCGUCAGCAAGUUCGUCAGCAUCCUCGUCAGCAUCCUCUUCAGCAAGCUCAUCAUCAUCUUCUGAAUUCACUGAAUCCACAGCCGAACCUCCUACUGGUGAUUUGGAAGCCUUUUCUGAUCCAACAGUCAAAUUCGAAGAUGGUACCAUUGACUGUGACGCAUUCCCUUCAGGUCAAGGUGUUAUUCCAUUGGAUCAUUUGGGUUUUGGUGGUUAUUCUGGUAUUGAAUACAUCCACUCCUCCGAUAACAUUGAAACCGGUGGCAUCUGUCGUAAUGGGGCAUACUGUUCCUAUGCUUGUCAAUCGGGGAUGUCAAAGACUCAAUGGCCAUCCGAUCAACCUUCAUCCGGUGUUUCUAUUGGGGGAUUGCUUUGUAAAAACGGUAAGCUUUAUCGUUCCAACACCGACACCGAUUACUUGUGUGAAUGGGGUAAAGAUAUGGCUUAUGUUAAUAAUCAAGUCUCUGAACAAGUUGCGGUGUGUCGUACCGAUUAUCCUGGUACUGAAAAUAUGGUGAUCCCAACUGUCGUUGAUGCUGGUGAUAAGUUACCACUUGCGGUUCCAGAUCAAGACACUUACUAUAAAUGGGAAGGAAAUCCAACCUCUGCUCAAUAUUAUGUGAACAACGCUGGGGUUGCCUGGCAAACCGGUUGUUCAUGGGGCUCUUCAGGAUCUGGGUAUGGUAAUUGGGCUCCAUUGAACUUCGGGGCCAGUUAUGCUGACGGGGUCGCAUACUUGUCCUUGAUUCCAAAUCCAAACAACUACGAUGCUUUGAACUACAACGUCGAGAUUGUUGCUUAUGAUGGUUCUGCCACCGUUUCCGGUUCUUGUGUUUACGAAGAUGGUAAAUAUAACGGUGAUGGAUCGGAUGGUUGCACAGUGGGUCUCACCAAAGGUAAAGCCCAAUUCCGUCUCUACAACUCCAGUUAG